CAAAAGCCAAAAACAAAGAAAAAGAAACCAGACACAGGUAAGAAGCAGUUAUAAAGCAAGCAAAGACGACUCUGUAGCACGAAGCAAGCAUCUCUUUCCUCUCACGCAAAAGCCACCACCAACCACCUCCCCCAACUUCCCUUCUCUUCAACAAAACCCAAAACUCAAUCCAUCAAUCUCUAAAGACCCAAAUAAACAACUCCAAAACUUGUAGCUUUACAUGUCAGAGAGGGGUCUCCGGCGACGAUCUCAGGUGACGGGUAGUGGCCGGAGGACCCGGCUUUCGAACGCUUCACCAUCGUCGCACCGGAAGACCCCACCAGCUCGGCGAUCGCCCAAGCAACGUUCCAAGCCUAUAAAGAUUCUCAAGCGAUGCUCCUCCGAGCCUCUGCUCCGGAGCCCUGUUGCCGAUUUCGGCGAGGAGGUGGUGCCGCAUGUUGGUUGGGAGCUGAAGUCGGAGCCGGAGGGAGUUCUCUUCCGGCCUCAAACUUGUGUCGACGUUUUUGCGUCGUCUCCGACGUUGAUGACGCCCUUCUCUCCCAAUAAUCAUGAGGCAUACAAGAAAGAUGCAAAGGUGGUCUUGAAUGUUUCGGUUGAAGGAAGUCCAGGACCGGUGAGGGCCUUGGUGAAGUUGGGAUCUACAGUGGAAGAGACUAUCAAGCUUGUUGUAGACAAAUAUACUAAAGAAGGGAGAACUCCCAAGCUUCUUAAGGAUGAGGCAUCGUCCUUUGAGUUACACCAGUCCUACUUCAGCCUUCAAAGUUUGGAUAAAUCAGACUUAAUUGGGGAUGUUGGUAGCAGAAGCUUCUAUCUUCGAAAAAGCAGCAGCAAUAAUGGAGGAUCAAGUACUUCUUUGGAAGUCAUUCCUGUGAGAGCAAACUCUCCUCCACCUGCUCUGCGUCCUGGAUUGUUACUUCCAAAUUUUAUUGCUCGUAGACUCCGUAAAUUUGUUAGAAGAACUCAUAGACUUUGGAAGGUCAUAGUCUGUAUGCGAUGAGGAGAUUAUGUACAAAGAAAGGACCAUUGCUACAGACUUUAGAGUAACACAAAAUAUUAUUCCUGUUACUCUAGAAUGAACCUCUCUAAUGCAGAUGUCCAACGAACCACGUCUGUGACAUGUAUCAGCAACUUCUCUUCUCCUUCUGAAUUUGAUUUAUGCAAAUGCUGUAAAUAUGUCCUUAUUGGACGAUCAUUUAUCUCAUAGCUGAAUAACCUCAAAUAGAGAUCACAAUUGUUCAUAUGUAUCGAACUUGAAUACAAGGAACAUUUGCUAUUUGUUUGGCUUGAUCCAAGAGUGUAUUAUGCCUACAAGAUCGACUCAAAUAUUUAUUACUGGAA